AUGAGCCAAUAUGUCAUGGAAGGUCUCUAUGCAUAUUUCAUGUACAAUCACGCCCAGCAUGUGACAUACUUAAGCGCAAGAUUUCAUGGCUACAAAUACAUAGCUCAAAUGAAUCGGACUAUUACCGAAAGAUUAAUAUGGGCUGGCGUGGUGGUAGCCUCGCUGUGUUGCUCAUUAAUAUUUAUGCAAAUAGCUUGGGAGUACAAUUCAUCACACUCGACUUUAACUGUCAUCGAAUCAACUCAUCAUGGAAUCUGGAACUUUCCCUUUCCUGCUAUCACUAUUUGCAAUAAUAAUCAAGUUUCCUUGAGGAAAACUCGACAAUUCGUUGAUAAUUUAACUACAUUUGGAGGUUUAACACGAGAUUACAUAUUAGAAGAAAUGCGACUAUUAAUCGAAAUACUUGAUCCAGGAGCUUAUAACUACAACGUAGAUUGGAAUCUAACAAUUCUUCAAGAUGUUUUUGAUGCUAACAACUAUACUAUUUCUGAUGUUAUGAAACUGGUUAAUCAAGAUUGCACCAGCCUUCUUAGGAAUUGCAAAUGGAAGGGAAAUUCAACUCCCUGCCACGAGCUUUUUGAACAAACUUAUGCUCGCGAUGGCAUUUGCUGCAGCUUUAAUUAUUUCAAUUCAGAAAAUAGGUCUCGGAGAAACAUCGAACCAAAAAAAUUGACGGCCUGUGGCUAUCAAACUGGGUUGUCAUUCUUGGCUGAUCCAGAACCGAAUGACUAUCAUUCAAGUUUAUAUGGUUUUUAUGGAAUCAAAGUGAUGCUACAUUAUCCAUAUAGUUAUCCAGAUCGCAGCACUGAAUUUCAGCUGGUUAGUCUUGGAGUUCAAAACUUUCUUGGUAUUUCACCAGAAGAAACUUACUCCACGCGAGGCGUACUAGAACUACAGGUUCGAGAUCGAGAUUGUAUAUUUAGCGAAAAAGAAUUGUCAAAAGAGCUGAAACUACUGAAAAAAAACUAUACAUGGAUCAAGUACACGUAUACAAAUUGUUUAAACGAAUGCAGAGCUAAUACGACCAUAACAGAGUGUGGAUGCGUGCCUUACUACAUUCCCCAAAAUGGUAACCGUGUCUGUAAUUUGAGGGAUGUGCAAUGUUUAAAAAGAAUUCGAGUUUUCUACGAUACACCGUGGCCUGGAUUGAAAAUGAAUAGUUCCAAUUUCACAGAUUUUGAAAUUGACAUAAGCAAUAGGCCUUGUGCUUGUUUACCAGAUUGCAGACUUUAUCGUUAUCCAGUUGAUAGUACUCAAGGUAUUUUAAGGAAAAGCAUUUUAGAGAAUCAUAAAACAUUCUCUGACAUGGAUGUCUCAAAAAAUACAAGCCUUGUUAAUAUAUUUUUCACCGAUCUAGUAUCAAUACAAUAUCGCCGUGACAUAUAUUAUAAUUGGAGGAAUUUGUGUGCAUCAUUUGGAGGACUAUUAGGCCUUUUUGUCGGUUUCAGCCUCAUGACUGGAAUCGAACUUGUCUAUUUUUUUGUUGUUCGUGUUAUUGCUGAUAAAUGUAAGAACGGCAGAAAAAUUGAAACCGAUUCCGACAAUUACCCAUAA